AUGCGUGAUAACGAGGACACCUCCGGAUCAGAGGCUCUUUGUAGUCUACUGUUCCAGGCGGUUAGGAGUGCGUCCUACACGCACAGAAGAUAUGCGAACUAUGUUCGCGAAGUCGGAGAUCCUCUUACGAGAGGUGUUCACACGCGUGAUAACGAGGACACCUCCGGAUCAGAGGCUCUUUGUAGUCUACUGUACCAGACGCUUUUGGCCUUGAUUAUGGCACGGGAAGAUGAUUGGAACACAGUUGAAGUAAAUGCACCAGGAGCACUCGAAUUGAAUGUUUCCGAAGAAGACGAUGGAGAGGAGGAUGAAGAGAGAGGCGAGAGUGAUGAAUGA